AUGUCGACGGCUCAUGAAGUUUUGCGCAACUUUGCCGCGCGCGCCCUCAAGUCCUGGAGUGGAUAUCAGCUGGCACUCGACAACUCGUGUGGCGGCGAUGAAACGAAGGAGAAAGACAAGGUUUUCCAAAAAUUUUUGAGCGGUAAAGCUGUGAAAACUUGUUUCCAGUGGUUCCAGGAGGUGUUGUGCGAGUACGUGGCGACGACGCGCGGCCUGAAGAGCGAAGAUCUCGAGGAAUGGCUCACCAACAUUCUCUACCACGAUUUCGAUCUGAUUCUGGAGGACGACAGCGUCUAUCAGAUCGCUUUUUUUCUUCUCGAAGGCUACGGCUACGUCAAGAACAACAAUGAGGCCGGAUUGCAGCAGUUGUUGGCCAGUAAGUUCUAGAAUUUUAGAAAAAUUGACUGUUUCCCUUUUCAGAACUUCCAUCGGACGAGGAGUUGGCGAAAGUCAAGCGGGAAAGUGUGGCGGGAGCGGCGGACAGCUCCGACGACGAGUGCGAAGAUAUGGAUAUUCCGGAAGAAGACGGCGACGACGAAGAAGAAGAAAAAGACGGAGAAGGACCUUCGGAGCCACGUGGACCUCAGCGCCAGCGCGUCGUCGACGAUGACGGAUGGACGACAAUUGUGAAGCGACAAUAACUUCGAAGUUCACUUUUUCUCCUCCGUUCUUGUUCGUUUUGUUCGUUGUUUUCGCCAGCCCCCUUUGCUUUUCAGAUAUGAAAAAUUUGUUGGAAGCACGAAAACAGGAGCCUCCCCUGAGCUCAUCGGAAAUGCAUUCGGGGUGCUUUUUUCACUUUUCCGCUACCCCAAAGGUCAGCGAAGGGGUGAUUUUCCUACGAUAAUUCUUUGUUUUUCACAGUUUAUUCAAAAAUUUAUUGGAAUCGACAUUUCGCAACCAAAUCUGAAACUUUUCCGGUUGCGAAACGUCCCAGAAACUCAAUUCUAAUCCCAUUCCGAGCAAUUCUAAUUAUUCUCAGAAUCCCCUUUUUCCCGAUGGGAUAUGCUUUUCUAUUCUAGUCCAUUCUAUGCGUUUAAUCAAAAGCACGUGAUCCCAAUUUUCAAGACAGAACAGACUAGACGAACUUUCUGAAAAUCUGGGCCCUCGUGCUACCAGAUUCAGCGCCUAAAUCAGAUUAUUUUCCUCUUUCUAUAUUGGUGCCUCAGAGGAUUUAGUCGGAUUUGGAUUCGGUUCCAUCCAAGCUCAUAAUAUAUCACGUAGACUGAUCUUACAUACGAUUUUGGCACACUUUGCACUGUUCAUUUACAAAAAACUGAAGUCCUGAGCGGAUGCUGAAAAGUUCGCAGUUUAAGCGGAAAACCGGAACUUUAGCAUCUCGGGGGACCGGUCUGAAAGUCGGACCCAAGGUUCGGGCCGUCCAUUCGUCCCAAUGUUUCCUCUCUCCCUCUCUUUUGUUGCGAUCACAAAGGCGAUCCGCUCAUUUCAUUUCCAGCCCGUUUCGCUCCGUUUUCCUUUUUCUCGUCGCUCACGUAGUCAGUCACGCAUUCACCCGAGAGAAUAUUAGAAAGAGAAAGCGAGAGAGGGAGCUCUCUGAAAUUCCAUUACUAUUUCUCUCCCCCCCGCACACAUAUUUUCUUUCCAGUGGAUAACAAAUUAGGCAGCCUCCUCUCGACCAACACAACAACAUCUUCUUCUUCUUCUUCUUCUUCUUUCCUCUUCUUUCCACGUGAAAAAGUGGGCGUGGCUUCGAAGAGAAAAAAAAGAGAGAGAGAGAGAGAGAGAAGAAGCACCUGCGUCUCGUUUAUAUUUGAUCGUCAAAGCACCCCAGAGAGCUGUGUGUGUGUCCCCCCACCCCACUUUCUUAUCGUCGCAGCGGAGCGGUGUGUGUGUGUGUAAAACUCUCUCUUUUCCUCUCACUCCAACUUCCUCUCCUUCUCAUUAGUUUUGAGCUCUCUCUCUCUUUCUCUCUCUUACUUACUUGCUUUUUCUUCUUCUUCUUCUUUUCGAAAUUAGUUUUCAUUUUCCUUCUCUCCAUUUUCGCUCUGUAGCCUUGUUUCGAUGAUGUGAAACAGAGCGAGGGAGAGAAGGAAUUUGAUUAUAGAAAAAAGUUUCCGAGAAGUUCAAACAACCACAUUAUUUCCGGCGCCAUAGCAACCAAGCUCUCUACUUCCUCUCUCUCUCUCUCUCUCUCUCUCUCUCUCUCUCUUUUUCGUAUGUUGUCAUUUUCUGAAAAAAGUAUGGGUAAACUACAUUUUAGACCAGGUGGAAGCACAGCUGACUCUUUUGAUAACUUUAUGAUAUCGAAUUCUUUUGUACCGAAAUUUCGCAAUUUCGUGUCCGCAACUUUCCAAUUCUUAACAGAAUAAUAGCGUUUUUUUUUCUUUCUCAGCUCAGCUGGCUGCAUUAGAAGGGCGCCCGAAUAUUGUCCAUUCAAGAGAAUGCAUCUCACUUGGCUGUACAGAUAUCAAAAAGUGGUCAACUAAUAAAAUGUGCACAAGGUUUCAACGAACAAUUCAUCAGUUGACCAAUGUUUGAUAUUUCUACUGACAGCUGAGAUAUAUUGUCUUGAACAAACGGUUUAAGGUAACCAUACUAUCUACUUCUUCUCUUCAUCCGUUUGCAAGUUCCUGAUGUACUCUGAUAACUUUAUAAUAUCAAUUUCGUCUCUUUUCCCCUCUUCAUCCUUUUUGACUGAAACUUAAGCAAAAACUUUUUAAAACUUCCAGAAACCUAAGUAUAGCAACAAAAUUAUUGAAUUUUCUCUCUUUCUCAAUUGGAUUUUUCGAUAAAUUUAUUAUAUUUACUUCUUCUUCUUCUCUCUCUCUCUCUCUCUCUUUCUUCCCACAUAUCUUCAUCCUUUUCUGCUGAAAAAUUCGGAAUUCAUCAAGCACCUAACUAGCUGAACUAGUUGAUAGCUCGAUAAUAUUUACUACUACUUCUUCUUCUUCUUCUUCUUCUUCUUCUCCAUUUCUCCCUGUGUCCGAACUUUGAUAGCUUUAUAAUAGUGACACUUUCAGACGCACGCAAAGUACACUGUGCAAGUACAAAUGAUGGGCUCAUCGUCGCAAGACCUGCAGCAAGCGCUGACCGAAGUCUCGAAGCAGUGUCACCAUUUGUGGGAGGAGAACAAGGAUCUGCAGGGUCGUUUUGUGAACGAGCUCGGCGAGCUGCAACGCAUUCAGUUGGCGAUCACGCAGCUGGAGGCCGAUCGCCGUGCCGAUCAGCUGACGCACGCGAAGAACUCGCUGGCCGAGAUGCAGCGGAGAGCGACGAGCCUGUACGAGAUGCUCAAGCAGAAGCGCAGCGAGCUCGUGGUGAAGCUCAACGAGGGCGCCAACUAUGCGAGCAUGCUGCAGGCUCAACUCAUCACCGAGAAGCUGUUCACGUGGAAAAACGCGCAGAAGCUGGCGCAAAUCGGAAUGCCGUUCGACGACCGCGAGCAAAUGCUCGACGAGAUUCAGAUGGAGUUCGAGUUUCUCGCCGAGCAGAACUGGCAACUCAACAUGUUCACGUGCUGGAUGAUCGAUUUGCUCCGUCGUGCUCCGCAGCUCAACGACGGCAAUUCGCAGACGACGCAGAGCAAGUUGACGGCGAUCAGCGAGCAACUGAACAAGCUGCUCUUCAUGCUCGUCUCGCAGAGCUUCAUAGUCUCCGUGCAGCCGGAGCCGGUGCUCAAGACCCAGCACAAGUUCGUCACGGAGGUUCGUCUGCUGAUCGGCGACAAGUUGGGCAUCCGUCAGCACCUCAUGAACACCAACGUGACCGUCAAAAUUAUCGCUGAGGACGAGGCGAAACAGAUGAGCGUCGAUUACGAUGCGCACAAGGAAAUGUAAGUUGGAAUUGAAGGCGCUCGGGACUAACCCCUUCCACAGUUACAGAAGGAACAACAAGACGGUGGGCACCAUUUCGAACGAGUUCGAGAAGCUGACGAUGGACGAGCGCGGACACCUCGCCGCCAAGUUCAACAACUCGAAGCUCACUCGGAUCGCGCAUCGGAAGCCGCCGCCGAAGGGCGCGUCGGACAUGAAGUGCGCGGCGAAUAUGCAGGCGGCGACCGAUCAAAAAUACGCACUCCUCUUCUACAUUACCCCCUUUCAAAUGGGCAAUUUGAGCAAGGUGGGUGACCGUGCUCCAUUGUCAUUUUUGGCCUGGCUGGACCGUUGACUUUCGAUUAGACACAAAACGAAAAACCGUUUGGAAAUGUGAGAAUGAUGCAUAAAAUGUUUACGUUGGCUUGAGUGCUGCGGUAAGAGAGCACAAAUUAGUUUGCAAGUAAUAAGCAAGUGGGUCUCUGCAAAAUAUGCUCAUUAAAAAGUGUGCACGUUAGGUCAAAGUUUGUUGACAGCUCAGCGAGUUUCGUUUCAUCGUAGUUCUGCAACCGGUCAUUUUGCAAACAGGUACAAAACUAGAACUGACGUAAAUACUGUAAAAGAAGAGCAGCACAAUACGGUCCAUUGUACACAAUGUUUCAGUGAACAUUUUUUAUCAUGGUCUCCAGAGCUGACAAUGGGCGCAAGUGCGCCUCGCCCAAUUGAGCGAUACAUUGGCGCGAAAUUCAAAUUUUAACAGCAAAAUUUGUGUUUUUUGCCAGAUUAGCCACGAAAAACCGAUAAUUUCUGAUUUUUCUCUCGAUAGACCGAUUUUAUAGGUCAUUAAGAAUUUUUUAAGCGCAAGAGCGUCAAAUUUGGUCAAGUCGCAAAUCACAUUUAUCCGUUUGAAGGUUUUUGGCUAAAACUGCGUGAAUUUCAGUUGCUUUUCUGUAAUUUUCGCGGUUCGAGCGCUCAAAAUGCUUGUAUUUACGUGAUUUAUCAUUCUCAAAACCAAUUCUGUCUGAAAACGAUCAAGAAAGCGCAAAAUGAGAAGUGUGGUUUUGAGGCGGCGAAGGCGAAAAAGCAAAGUCCGCGAAAAAUGCGCCAAAACGUCAUUAAUUCUGAGAAUUAGUGUGUUUUCAUGUCGAACAAUCAUUUUUCAUCGCCGUUGACCAAAAAAAUCAGAGAAAACCUGCUCAUUUCAUGAAAACGCCAUUUGGCCUCAGCCACGCCCAUAUUGUCAGCUCUGGAGACCGUUGACAACUUUUUUUGUGUAUCACAAACAUUCAGGAGGAGCAGUUCGACGUGUGGACCCUCUCGCUUCCGAUCAUGGUGACAGUGCACGGAUCGCAGGACUGUGACGCGCAAGUGGCGAUUCUGUGGCACCGCGCGUUCGCCUCGAUCAGCCGCAACCCGACGGCGACGGACGUGACCGCCGUCACCUGGGAGAACCUGGCGCACAUGCUCCGCAACAAAUUCUCGCUGUUCACCGGCGCCCGCCGGCCUCUCUCCGACACUGAUCUCGCCUACCUCAGCGAAAAGAUGCUGACGCCGAACGUGGCCGACCAGAAGCCGAUCACUUUUCACCGGUUCGCGAAGCAGGCGAUGCGCGACGACCUGCCCUUCUCCUUCUGGGAAUGGUUCUUCUCGAUCAUGCAACUCAUCAAACAGAAACUGCUCAAGUUCUGGGACGAGGGCUGGUGCAUCGGAUUCAUCUCGAAGCAGGACGCCUCGCAGUCGAUGAUCAUGUGCCCGCAUCCGUCGUUCCUGCUCCGCUUCUCGGACAGUCAGACCGGCGCCGUGUCGAUCGGAUUCGUGUGCGAGGAGGAGGACGGGCAGAAGAUCCCGUUCCAUCUGGCUCCCUUCACCAUCAAGGACCUGGAUCAGUUGUCGUUGGCGAAUCGCAUCGCCUCGUGUCCACAAUUGAAGGAUAUCCGGUACAUGUACCCGAACAUUGACAAGGAAGAAAUGCUGCGCUAUUUCGACGCCGAGGAACGUCAUCGCGUCGGCGGCGGGGACAGUCCCACCGGUUACAUUCAAUCGGAGAUUGUGAUGGUCGCCAAGACCAGCGGGUGAGUUUCAAACUCCCAAAUCGUUUGUAUCUUCUUGUUGCUGUUCCAGAAACUUCCGAAGAAUGUCGAAUGCGCCGUCGAUGUUCGGCGCCGACUCGCCGUCUCCGUUGUCGAUUCAGAGCAAACUCGACUGGUCGCCCGGCGAGAUUCAUCAGAAUCACAUGAUGGAGAUGUUAGUUGUGUAGUACCUACAAACGUUUAUUACAAAAUUCCUCCAGGAGCGAAGACCUCAGCUCGAUCCUGACCGUGUCUGGCCUCGAGUCGAUGUCCGGCGACGUCGAGACGCUUCUGGGCCCGGCGUUCAAGAACACCGUAAACAAUUUCCAUCCGCACGACGCUCAUCAAGUACAGAACAACCACAAUCUUCAUUUUGUGGACAUGUCGCACGGCGGAAUGAUGCCGCCCCCGCAUCACAAUCAGUUCUACCCUUCCUAG